AUGCAUUGUGAACGGGGCACUGAAUCAUUUUCGGUUUUCAAGACCUGUGGUUAUUGUUGGCGGUAAGUCACAUCAUUAACGCGAAGGGUUCAGUGCAUAUAUUUUAUUAACUUUUUUCAACAGAAAUUCCCUGGCAGAGGUCAUGAAAAACGCCCAUAUUCACUGGCGACUAAUGGUUCUAACGAUAAUGGUCUCAAAAAGAUGAAUCCCCUGACUCUGCAAAUAUACAAUGUGAACCUAAAGCAGAUGAAGACCAGCUUCUUGGACGUGUGCUUAUCAAGUGGGAGCACGGCUCAGAUGCUUUUCCAGGGAAUCGAUGAGUGUUUGGCCGGCCACAGAAUCCCAUGGGAAAACUGCGUUGCUUUUUCCGUGGACAACCCUAAUGUUAACCGGGGGAAAAACAACUCCAUCCGGACGCUUGUCAAGCUGCAGAACCCAUCCGUAUACUUCAAUGGAUGCCAGUGCCAUGUUGUGCACAAUACCUCCGCGGCUGCAGCC